UGGAAGAGGAGAUGGUUUGUGCUUCGCAGCGGCCGUUUAACGGGGGAUCCGGAUGUAUUGGAAUACUACAAAAAUGACCAUGCUAAGAAGCCUAUCCGUAUUAUUGACUUAAAUUUGUGUCAACAAGUGGAUGCUGGAUUAACAUUCAACAAAAAAGAGUUUGAAAACAGUUACAUUUUUGAUAUCAACACUAUAGACAGAGUUUUCUAUUUGGUAGCAGACAGCGAGGAGGAGAUGAAUAAGUGGGUUCGAUGUAUCUGUGAUAUCUGUGGGUUCAACCCUACAGAUGAAGAUGCUGUGAAGCCACCAGUCAGUUCUGUACAAACAUCUGCUGAGUUACCCUUGCCCAUCAACACUUCACCACCUUCUAUGCAAGCAGAAUCUUCCCUACCUCCUCCUUACCAGCUUAUUAAUAUCCCCCCACUGGAGUCCUCCUCUGGUCAAGAAGAUCCUCAAGACUACCUACUGCUAAUAAACUGUCAGAGUAAAAAACCUGAACCUGUAAGCCAAGGGUCACCCUUUCUCUCAGAAGAAGGGCAGGAAUACCUGCUAUUAGAAGAUUUUGAAAGUAAAAAGAUUCCGCUGCAAUCUCAUGCUGACUCAGCAAAAUCGAGCUCUUCUGAAACAGACUGCAAUGAUAACGUGCCCUCCCACAAAAACCCUGCUCCAUCUGUGAGCAAGCAUGCUGUGAAUGGCUUUUUUCAGCAGCAAGGUGUCUAUGACUCUCCACCUUCUCGUGCUGGACUGACCUUGGCAGACUGCAGCCUUUACAACCUGCCUAGGAGUUACUCACAGGAUGUUUUACCAAAGGCAGCGUCUCCAUCUGGGACUGAUGCGGAAGGAGAGCAACAUGUUUUCAAUACCCCGUCAGCAACAUCCUCAUUAGACACGCAGAUGAGACACAUCUCCAUUAGCUAUGACAUUCCCCCCACACCUGGAGGUACUUAUCAGAUUCCACGAACUUUCCCAGAGGGAACGUUGUCUCAGACUUCAAAACUGGAGACUAUUCCAGAUAUUCCUCCACCUCGGCCACCAAAACCUCACCAUGCUGCAGAUCGAUCUCCUGUGGAAACGUGUAGCAUAAGUCGCACAGCUUCGGAUACUGACAGUAGUUAUUGCAUCCCUACAGCAGGAGUGCCGCCCUCACGCAGUAAUACCAUUUCAACUGUAGAUCUGAAUAUCUUUCGUAAAGAAAUUAGUUCUCAAGACUGUUAUGAUAUUCCACGAACGUUUCCGAAUGACAGAUCUAAUUCAUUGGAGGGCUUCCAUAACUACUUUAAAAACAGAAGCAUGUUGACAGUGGGAAGUGUUUCAAGUGAAGAACUAGAUGAAAAUUAUGUCCCAAUGAAUCCCAACUCUCCUCCACGACAGCAUUCCAGCAGCUUCACUGAACCCAUCCAGGAAACAAACUAUGUACCAAUGACACCAGGCACGUUUGAUUUUCCAUUAUUUGGGAAGCAAGUCCCUCCUCCAGCUCACAUGGGUUUCAGGUCCAGUCCAAAGACCCCUCCCAGACGAUCAGUACCUGUUGCAGAAUGUGAGCCGCCGCCAGUGGAUCGGAACCUCAAACCAGACAGAAAAG